AUUUCCAGAUUCCAUGAGCAGAUAAUCUCCAAGGUAUCAGUGGAGUUAAAGGGACGGGACUCUUUCCCUCCCCCUCCCUUCUCCAAGCAUCAGUCCUUGGGAAGGGAGGGCACGAAAGAAGAGACUGGGAGGAGGAAAAGUGCAAAAAGCUAGAAGAGCCGGGUGCUGAGGGGAACCCCCCGGGGCGUAGGUCCUCGGGCUAACUGGCGUCUGAAACCCUCCCUAGAGCUGCGCCCCAAGCUGCAGCGCGCAGUCUGCUCGCCGCCCAAGAGCUGCCCGGACGCGCCUUUGUUGCCAGGGCAGGAUCGCUGGGGCUAGGGACCAGUGCCCCUGAGCUUCGCUCUGAGGAAGCUGAGUUGAGAUGGAGUUGGAUUGUAAACAGCUCACUCAUUUCUUACAAGAUCAGGAAGUGAAAUGAGGAGGGAAACCAGCAGUUGAACCCUCCACACCAUGCCCAGGCCCAGGCUGUGAAUGGCGCUGUUCAUAUCAAGGAAGAAUCUACCUUCUUUAAUUAAAUCUUUCUGGAAAUGUCCUCCCAGACAAGCCCAAAGGUAUUUGUUUUUUCAACUAUAUUAAUCUUUUAAACAAAAAAAAAAAUGGAUUUUUUAAACUCAUCAGAUCAAAAUUUGACCUCUGAGGAACUGUUACACCGAAUGCCAUCCAAAAUUCUGGUAUCCCUCACUCUGUCUGGGCUGGCACUGAUGACAACCACCAUCAACUCCCUCGUGAUAGCUGCAAUCAUUGUGACGCGGAAGCUGCACCACCCAGCCAACUAUUUAAUUUGUUCUCUGGCAGUUACUGAUUUUCUUGUAGCUGUCCUGGUGAUGCCCUUCAGCAUUGUGUACAUUGUAAGAGAGAGUUGGAUUAUGGGACAAGUAUUCUGUGACAUUUGGCUGAGUGUUGACAUCAUCUGCUGUACAUGUUCCAUUUUGCACCUGUCGGCUAUAGCCUUGGAUAGGUACCGAGCAAUCACAGACGCUGUUGAAUAUGCCAGGAAGAGGACUCCCAGGCAUGCUGGCAUCAUGAUUACGAUAGUGUGGGUUAUAUCUGUCUUCAUCUCUAUGCCUCCUCUCUUCUGGAGGCACCAAGGAACCAACCGAGAUGAUGAGUGCGUCAUCAAGCAUGACCACAUUGUUUCCACGAUUUACUCCACGUUUGGAGCUUUCUACAUCCCACUUGUAUUGAUACUGAUUCUCUACUACAAAAUAUAUAGGGCAGCAAGGACACUGUACCACAAGAGACAAGCCAGCCGCAUGGUGAAGGAGGAACUGAAUGGCCAGGUCCUUUUGGAGAGUAGUGAGAGGAGCUUUAAACUGGUCUCCACAUCAUACAUGCUAGAAAAAUCCUUAUCUGAUCCAUCAACAGACUUUGAUAGAAUUCAUAGCACAGUGAAGAGUCCCAGAUCUGAGUUGAAGCAUGAGAAAUCUUGGAGAAGACAGAAAAUCUCAGGCACUAGAGAACGCAAAGCAGCCACUACCCUGGGGUUGAUCCUGGGUGCGUUUGUAAUAUGUUGGCUGCCCUUUUUUGUAAAAGAAUUGGUUGUUAAUGUCUGUGACAAAUGUAAAAUUUCUGAAGAAAUGUCAAAUUUUUUGGCAUGGCUUGGUUACCUGAAUUCCCUUAUAAAUCCAAUGAUUUAUACCAUCUUUAAUGAAGAUUUCAAAAAAGCCUUCCAAAAACUUGUACGUUGUCGAUAUUAGGUUAAAAGAAGCCUAUUUUUGAAGGGUGGAGGCCCUAUGUGUUUGGGAGGAAAUAGCUAAAUGAAUGUAAAGUAAUAAAACAUUUAAAUUUUUAGAGAAAAUAUAUUAAGACUGCUAAACAUAAAUUUAUUUUUAAUAGCACAAAAGAAGAAGAUGUAGUAAUUUGAUCAUCAUCCUAAUGUUAUCAAAAUUAGGAAAUAAUUUAUGCAGCUUAUAAGUAAUAUUUUGUCUAUGCAAUAUACCUAAAACCCUAACUGGAAAUAUAUAUAUGUAUACACAUACUAUUAAUUACAAUGUUUUUCUGGUGUAUAUUUUACAACUAGAGGAUCUCUCAAUUAACACACUUCCAUGGAUAAUUUAUAUGUCAUAUCAUUGCUUAUUAAUUCAUAUAAGAAAUAUUAAUCACUACAAUACUACUCUUACUGCUUCUCCAUCUUAUCUUAGCAAAGCUGAAGAGAAGGCAACA